CCGCGUGUGUUCCAGAUCCAGAGGGAGCAGCAGCAGCAGCGUGGAGAGCGGGGAACGUGGACGCUUCCUGCGCAGAGAAGAAGUGAAAAGUUCGCGAACAACAACCGAGCCGCUGUCAAAAUGCUCGUGUUAUUUGAAACAGCUGCUGGCUACGCGAUCUUCAAGGUCCUCGAUGAAGCCAAGCUGCAGGAGAUCGACAACCUGCACAAGGAGUUUGAAACUCCUGAAAAGGCGAAUAAAAUUGUGAAGCUGAAGCACUUUGAGAAGUUCCAGGACACAACAGAGGCCUUGGCAGCUGUCACUGCCCUUGUUGAGGGAAAAAUGGGCAAGAGUUUGAAGAAAGUGCUGAAGAAGGUCGUGGCCAAGGACGCACACGAGCAGCUGGCGAUCAGCGACGCAAAACUAGGUGGAGUUAUAAAAGACAAGAUGGACCUGAGCUGUGUCCACAACCCUGCUGUGGCCGAGCUGAUGAGAUGCAUCAGGAGCCAGAUCGAGGCUCUCGUCACUGGACUUCCUCCCAGGGAGAUCAGUGCCAUGUCUCUGGGGUUGGCUCACAGUUUAUCACGCUACAAGCUGAAGUUCAGUCCGGACAAAGUGGAUACUAUGAUUGUUCAGGCCAUUUCUCUUCUGGAUGACCUGGAUAAAGAGCUCAACAACUACAUCAUGCGUUGUAGAGAGUGGUACGGCUGGCACUUCCCAGAGAUGGGAAAGAUUAUCACAGACAACUUGGUUUACUGCAAAGCUGUCCGCAAAAUUGGUGAUCGUACCAACGUGGCCGGCUCGGACCUGUCCGACCUUCUCCCUGAGGAAAUCGAGGCCGAGCUGAAACUAGCUGCUGAGAUCUCUAUGGGAACAGAAGUUUCAGAACAAGACAUCGGGAACAUUGGGCACCUUUGUGAUCAGGUGAUUGAUAUUUCAGAUUAUCGCACUCAGCUAUACGACUACCUCAAGAACCGAAUGACGGCGAUUGCCCCUAACUUGACUGUAAUGGUGGGUGAGCUGGUUGGUGCCCGUCUCAUCUCACAUGCUGGUUCCCUCCUGAAUUUGGCAAAGCAUCCGGCCUCCACGGUACAGAUCCUCGGAGCAGAGAAGGCUCUGUUUAGAGCCCUGAAAACCCGCAAAGACACACCCAAGUAUGGUCUCAUUUACCAUGCCUCUCUAGUGGGCCAGACCACUGCCAAGAACAAGGGCAAGAUCUCCAGAAUGCUGGCGGCUAAAGCGUCACUGGCUAUUCGUUACGAUGCCCUGGGAGAGGACACAAAUGCAGAAAUGGGAAUAGAGAACCGUGCCAAGCUGGAGGCCAGACUGCGGCAGCUGGAGGAUAAGGGUAUCCGAAGAAUCAGUGGAACAGGCAAAGCGAUGGCACAGGCCGACAAAUACCAACACAAGAGUGAAGUACGAAUUUAUGAUCCAGCUGGCGAUUCCACUAUUCCCUCCACCUCCAAGAAGAGGAAGUUUGAGGAGGUAGAGGAGGAGGCCGAAGAGCCUAAAACGCCUGCCACCAAAUCCAAAAAGGCCAAAAAGGAGCCAGUAGCAGAAGAAGAAGAAGCGGAAACGUCAGCAGCAGCAGAGGAGACUCCCAAGAAAAAGAAAAAAAAGAAGGACAAGAAAGCAGAAACGGCAGUAGAGGAACCAGAGGAGGAGGUAGCAGUACCAGAGUCGUCAGAAAAGAAAAAGAAGAAGAAGAAAAAGAAGGUUAAGGAGGAGGAGGAAGACGAUGACUAAAAACAACAAAUAAGUCGUUGUGUGUAUAUAUUAGUUUUUAUGCCAUUUUAGUUUUGUGUAAUUCAUAUAUCAUUUUGAAUUUAAUUGUUUCUUAACAUCAGGAAGAAUAUAUCAUAAUUUGGUCAACUUUUAUAACUGAGUGAAAUGUGGAGUUAAUCCCAGUGUCCAGUCAUAAAGUGAGAAAUGUAAAUCUAUUUUUUUUUGAAGAUGAAUAAGUUGUAACCUACUGCUCUGUUUCAUAUCUGUUUUUAUUUGUGAACACAUCUGUUUCAGACAUGAUUUUUCCAAUUCAGUGCAAAGCAACCUGCUUCAACAUUACUCAGUUUACUGGUGAUAAAUCUUUGUAUUGUCUAAGACUGGACAUCUGCCUUGGGGAAAUAAAACUCUUUGCUCUAA